AUGACGGACCUGAGUCUUGAGAUAUCAUGUUCUUCGCAGGGAAUUCUUGUUCAUCAAACCAAAUACACUAUAGAUAUUCUCCAACGGUUUGGCAUGCUUGGUGCUAAAUCUUGUGCUACCCCUAUUGCCUUGGUUGCUGAUGCCAAUACUGGCCCAUCUUUCUCUGUUGAUAAUGCUAAAAAUUACAAAGCUCUCAUUGGGGCUCUUCCUUACCUCACUUUUUGUCGACCUGAUAUCUUAUUUUCAGUCAGCAAGCUCUCUCAAUUUAUGCAUCAUCCCUCCGACUCUCAUUUGACUGCAGCCAAGAGRGUGCUUCGGUACCUUGCAGGGACGCUUAAUUGUGGUCCUAAUCCUAUUUUUUGGGGGGCUAAGAAACAAACAACUGUUUCUCGUAGUUCCACGGAAGCUGAGUAUCGAGCUCUUGCCUCCACAACAGCUGAGCUUUCUUGGAUCCGUUAG